AUGGAUUACGGUCCGAUCCAACUUGGUUCUGCACGGGAUCAUACGGAGCCCUUUCUAUUAUGGUGUACCUUACAUUAUUCGUUUUGUAUGACACAAACAGACGAUUAUGAACAUUCAUCAGCACUAGGAAGUGAAAACGACGAUGAACUAAACGAUGAUAUUGAUCCAAACGCAUUCAUUGAUUUAUAUCGCCGAGCAUCAUUACGUCAUCAUCAAUUAUUCAAAAAAGCUAGCCUAAGACCAGUUGUUGUCCAACGUGCAUCAUUACGACCAUCCUUCGGAAAACGUGCAAGUUUGAGACCAACGUUCAUGGGGAAACGAAAAAGAAGAAGUAUUCCGUCUUAUCUAGUUUAUGAUGAAUAA